AUGCUUAUAUACAAGGCACCUAUAGAGGGAAAAAUUGAAACUCUAAAUAGCAUUCCAGAUGUCGAUUAUUCACACACGACACAUAGAGGGAACAAUGUGAUCCAUCUAGCAGCGAAGUUAGGACACAAAACGUUUGUUCUUGAGGCGCGCUGCAGUGGAUAUCCUUUCCUGAAAAGUGAAAAGAACUUGAAAGGCGAUACACCUCUUCAUGUUACAGCAAGGGCCGGUCAAAUUGAUAUAGUAAAACAACUAGUCCCAACAGAAGAAAUUUGCUCAUCUAGCGUUCAUUCAAUUGGCAUGUCAAGUUUUUAUCAUUUGAGAGAUAGAGGAGGGGGAGAAGGGAUUAUUGAGUUGUUGAGAAUGAAAAAUAAUGUCCAAAGCACGGCAUUGCAUGAGGCUUUAAGGAAUGGCCACAAGGAAGUAGCUAUAUACCUCUGGAAAUUAGACCAGGGAAUGGCUAGCUUUGUUACUUCUACCGGCGAGAGCCUCCUUUAUUUAGCUGCUGAGUCAAGUUGUGGGGAAAUGGUUUCGGAAAUCAUGAAAUUCUUAAAUCAACAAUUAAAAGAACCCAACCUUCUGAAGAAUGCUAAGGCAUUGUUGCUGAGCAGAUGUGCUUCAGCUGCCUAUCUACGAGAUAAAGGUGGACGGACACCAUUACUCGAAGCUGCCAGUUCUGGAGAUGUUUCCGUCCUUAAAGAAAUACUUCGACAAUGUCCGAACACGAUUGAGCUAUGUGAUCUGGCAGGCAAGAAUGCACUUCAUCUUGCUAUGUUAAACAACACCUAGCUCAAUGUCAAGGCAUUCUUGAGCUUGCCUCAGAUAAUGGAGCUCGUGAAAGAACCUGACAAUGAAGGAAACACACCGUUGAAUCUAGCAACCAUGAAUCACAAGUACAAGUUGGUGAAAAAGCUAAUAUCAACCAAAGGUGUGGACUUAAGGGCCAAGAACCAGAAUGAAAAAAGUGCUCUAGGCAUCUGUGAGUCUGAGCGGAAAGUUUCUCAUGAAGAGUUGCAGAAAAUUCCCCUCAGUGAUGCACCCCCGAGUAGACAUCCCUAUAGCUCGAAGUUUUUUCCGAAAACAAAGAGUGGAUUCGAGCACCCUGACUUAGACUUAAAACAAAUGGCCGACACCUUGUCAGUGGUUGCUGUACUUCUAGCCACUUUAACUUUUGCUGCAGCAUUCACAUUACCAGGUGGAUACCACGCUGAUGGUGAAAUUCAUGAAAAACAUAAUAAAGAUGAACAUCAAGUGGUGUUUCUCUUGAUUCUGGCAAUGGCCGGUGACCCUGCCUUCUUGCACAAAGCAAUCACCUACAGCAAGAACCUGUUGAAAUAUCGCCCUUGGCGGAACGUUGGUUGCCUUCAUCACUGGAUUGGACACAGUUAUAUCACCAAAGAGCCAUCAUUAUUAUCAUUAUAG